AUGGGCGAUUCGGGAGUCGAAUCUCUCUUUUCGAAACGAGUCCCCGUGACUAUAAAGGCAGCCUCACCUGCUUUCUCUUCGUCAUCGCCGUCAAAUGGCAGAAUCACGACAGGAACAAGUCUCCCAGUCAACGCAGUAGAUCCGCACUUUCAGGAGAAGAAACACACGGGAAUCACUGUUCAGGUCGCGCUCGCCGUAAAGCAGUCUGGCAGAAUAAAGGUUUUGGAAAUACAGUUGACUGAUGAAUCGGACUCCUUCUUCUUAUAUCAACUGGAUAUUGGAGAGGAUGAUUUCCAUACUCUCAAGUCCGAGCAGAACUUGCUGGUCGAUUUCGCUCAUUUUCCUGUAAAGUUUAUUGAAUUGUUGGAGGAAUGCAUUGCUUGCAAGAACGAUGAACACCCAAAGUUUCUGGCUCAAUUAGUAUCAGACUCGGCUUCCAAACAUGCUAUAUUCAGCGUAAUAGAAACGAACACCUUCAAGGCAAUCACACACUUGUCUCUUCACUUUAUUCCUGGUAACGAUGCCGCUGUCAAAACAUAUCUAGCAAAUCUAGUCAAGGAAUACAAGGCGCGUAUUUGUAAACGGGGAUCCCCGAGUGAGACGGCAUCCUUACGAUCUCAGCUGUCGAAUACUACCACCACACUGUCUUCUCGCUUACGAGAACAAGAAACUGCCAUAGGAUCACUCACUGCUGAGCUCGACAAGUUGAAGAUUUCCUCGUCAACGUCCUCCUCACAGUUGCAGAUAUUGCACGCUGAAGAGCUGGCCAAAGAAAAGGAGCGAGCUUUACGUGAACGAGAUUCGGAAAGGAGGCUCUUGGAGAAAGAGAAGCGUGACUCUGAGAUCAAAUACGAAGAUCAGCUGAAAACUCUGACCCAAAAACAUACCGCCUUGACCACAACCCACUCCCAUCUCCUGUCACAUACUCAGACGCUUGAAGAACGAUUGUCUAAUUCAUCACGACAAACAGAUCAACUGAGCAGAGAUUUGGCUACUGCCAAACAAGAAGCUGAUCGUGCCAAUGCCAUGAAUCGUCUGUUGGAAAAGCACAAAGCAGAUUCAGAACGAGAAAUAAAUCAACUUCGAGAACAGAUAAAAGAAGUUGAGAAACGAGAGCGGGAAAAGGAAGAAGGAGGGCGAAGGCAAGAUGAAGCGUUACAAGUUGUUGGAGAGCAAAAGGGCAAGUUGGAAGAUGCUCUAGAAAUGUACAAGGCACAGAAUGGUCGUUUGGAAGAUGGUCUGAAGAAGGCCACCGAGGAAAUCAACAAGGGCAAUGAAAUCAUUCGCCGAUUGCAAUCUGAGCUCAAGGCAUCUAAAUCCAAGGUCAAAUUAAAGAAUGUAGUGACUCUUCAGCAAGAAAAGCUUCUUGAUGAACGUGGAGUUACGAUAGAGCAGCAUACCAAAGAUAUUGCAAGUUUGAAGGAAGCUGUUCAGAAAAAGACGGAAGAAACUGAGUCGCUUCAAGUUCGUAAUGAAGAGUUGACGCGAAAGUUGGAAGAGGGCAAGCACAUCAUUGAAGACAACAAUCAUGUGAUUGAAUGGCUUCACAAGCAACUGAAUGAAGAAUCUUUGAGUCGACCAUUAGGUGUUACCGGUGGUUUUGGUGCGAUUGACUUUGAAAAGUAUACUUCUGACUUUCAAAAGCACCAACGAGUAUCACCAACAUCAUAUCGGGCACGUUAUCAACCAGGAACAGAGCCAGACUCCCGAUCAUCACCUCCUGGAGGGGUAACUCAACUCAAAUAUGCUCCAUAUCAAACAAUGCCUUCAUCAGCCACGAAUGGUGGUGCAACACGAUUGAAUCCACGCUCUCCACCCCGAUCGGCUAAUAUUCCUACAAGCGUGAAUGCUGGUGUAAAUACCGGUGGUGGUGGUAAUGCUGUAUCCGGUUUGGUCGGUGGUGGUGGGCUUGCUACUCAACCAAGUCCCAUGUUGGCAGCUAGCCGUCUAAGUCGAGCUACAGAUAGUGGAGGUGGAAAUACGAAUACUGUUGGAGGUGUAGCUGGUGGGACUUCGGGGCGUUGGGCGGGUGCUGCAGCUCUGAAGUCGGGGUUGCGAGAAAACAACAAUAUUGAUGCACAUAAUCGUCCAGGUGCAGUACCGAAUGGUAUGCCUACAUCUACACGUGACGAAGCUCUAGGGGGUCGUACCGUGAAUGGGAUCAAAUCCAACUACUUUUAA